CUUCGGCAGGUAAAACAUCCAGGCACACCAUGAUGAUGACGCGAGACGUGGGGUAAACGUUCCUGCCUCCUAGAUGCCUGGGUAGGAACGGAUUCGGUAUAUCCCCGGGGGUAAAUUGCGCCACACCAAUUUCAUCUCUCAGAAACUCCGUGUGGCUGCUUACCGCGGCGUCAAUUUAUGAAUUCGAAUCCCAAAUAAUAGAGAACCGGAUUUCGAGACUCUCCGAUACACUAGGUUCUCUAUCGUACCCUUAUGAUAUAUCCUAUAUCAGAUUACCCUUCAUCGAAAUGACCACCCCUCGAUUUUUAUCGUAUCCCUCCGAAUCUCCGGACGUAGCAGUAGACGAGUCAUCAUCCCGUGAUAUCCUCAUAUUCUUCGUAUCUGGAAACCCCGGAAUCAUUGGUUUCUACGAGCCCUUUCUUUCGACCCUAAGAGGACUCAUAAAUGAGACGAAAUCACUCCAAUCCUCCCGCUUUCAGAUUUAUGGCCAGGAUCUAGCCGGUUUUCGCGAUGACGACCAUGAGCCCUUCACGACUCACAAAAAGCCUUACGAUCUUGAAUAUCAGAUUCAACAUACUCUCAAAGGCCUCAGCAAACUACGGGUCGAGUCGGGCCCACGCAAGGGACUCCAAUUCGACGAAAUCCUCCUCGUCGGGCAUUCCGUAGGUGCAUACAUUGUACUUGAGCUUUUCCAUCGGCUCCUUAAUAACGAACAAUUGGCCUCACAUUUAAACUUAACUUCGGGUAUCCUAUUAUUUCCAACCAUCCACCAUAUCUCGAGCUCAUCCAAUGGCUGGAAGCUUGACCUACUACGUCGGACACCGGUACUAGGCGAUAAUGCCUAUCGUAUCGCACAGGGUUUCCUACAUCUUGUCCCACGACGCGCCUUACACUGGAUUGUGCGCGUUGUAACGGGACCUUCAGCUCAUGGGACAGAAAUCACGACGAAUUGGCUCAAGAGCCGAGAUGGUGUGUGGCAGGCAUUGCACAUGGGCAUGGAUGAAAUGAAAGUCAUACGAGAAAACACCUGGGACGACGAAUUAUGGGAGAUUUCCCACGACGCAAAGGCUCACGACAAAAUAAUCCCAAAAUUCUUCUUCUUUUUCGGCAAGAAUGACCACUGGGUUGCGAAUCACUACCGAGAUGAGUUCAUCCAAACAAGACAGAAGCAAGUAGAACGAACAAGACUGAUAGUGGACGAAGGCGACAUCCCACACGCUUUCUGUAUAGAUCAUAGCGAGGUCGUCGCAUCGAAAGUCAACCAAUGGAUUGACCAGAUAUACGGCAAGAAUUAAUCUUCAUGGUUGAAAUUUCAAUUCGCGCAAACUCAUCGUCCGAUGAGAACUACGUCAGACCUCAGCUGAUUCAUUUCAUUUGCAGACUUGUGUUACAAUAUCGACCAUACCCACAAAUACAUGGAAUUAAAAGCGAUUAGAGAUAAAUAGAGAAUUAAUCGAUAGCAGUCGCUAAAAUACAAUAGGUACACAUGCGUAUUAUCACGAAUUAUGAGAUGUACAGAAGCCACUAGACACAUAACACUUACUAUCACCA